UCCAUUUUCAUCACAGAGCAUGGCAUCAAAUAUGAAUGAAAACAUGCAACUCCGACACAGUGUUUAAAUAGAACCCGAAGCAUCUCCGCAGGGACUGACAGACGCAUCUGAGACUGCGCUGCCAUCGCAGGAUGGAGGGAAAAAGCUGGAUGGAGAGAACGACAAGAAAACAAAAGGAAGAGUGCAUCCCCACUCUCCGGGGAGGAAAGGGUUAACCCCAUUACGACAGACCAAUCAGAGCAGGGAGCAACACUGCAAAACCGCCGCAGUGAGUGAGAGAGGGAGACUAAGAUAGAGAAGGAGCGAACGAGAGAGAGAGAGAGAUGGGGACAAGCGAGGAUGAGGAGGCGCAACAGAGGGGUGCAACGGCAACAACGCAUCACAGUUUGAACAGAGUGUGUGUGUGAUCAAGGAAACAGUUAGCAGGAUGUCUGUUUCACUCCGCUGGCGCUGCUGACAGCACGGACAGUGUUUGCACUGACGUGCAACGGCUGCAAAAGUGUGUGCACUUGUGGAUCUCAGACGAUGCUUUGGUGAAGCUGUAGCUACUCUACGUUGCAUGACAGAUGAGAACUCUUGGAGCGCAAAGGAUUGUGGGAUUAAAAAGCUGAAGAACUGCUUCCAAAGUGCAGCGCGUCCCAUCUUACGCAUCUUCCAGAAGCGUUGAGUCUCUCCAGUCUGCAAGAGUGGAUUUCCCAGUCCAUGCACAGUGGUUUUAUCAUAUGCUUCGGACAACGUUGACGACGCAUCCUAAAGGUCACCUUCUCUGAGGGGACAGGAAAUUACAUUUGCAACACCCAGAAUGCACCACCCCCUCAUGCUGACCUAAACAAAUCUGUGACCUUGGAUUCUUUAGCAGAUGGCACAUGCAAAUCAGCAAACGCAAAUCAAUAUGGAUUUAUCACCUUCUAGGGCCCAUAAAAAUGCAAUAACGGGAAUACAUCAGCGUUGAAGGAACGCACCAAGUUAAUGGAUUUCUUCGUCCUAAUGGUAUCGAGGGAGAUUAACGCAACUACCUAACCCUAACGUGGAUACAAUAAUCAAUCAAAACAAUCAUUUUCAGUUGCCAAAUUAGUUUAGAAAAGAGAAAUGGACAGCUGAUCUCUGAAUCACUUGGCAUUUUUUCUUGGACUCCUAAGCAAAGCCUCGGAGAGAGAACGAGAGUGACACCUCUUUGUUAAUUCUAGACGUGGCAGGAGAUCAAACAUAUUGUUUGGUUUAGUGAAAAUUAAAGAAAUCGCUGCCAAAUCGCCCCCCCUCUGACCAUUAAGAAAAAUCGCUUGGAUUACGAGGAUCACGAAGUGCAGAAUACUUCCUUGAAAGGCCAUGCCUGGGGCUGAUGUACAAGUUGUACCCCUUCCAGACUAUCCCGACUCGACCGCUGACUCCCGAGGCUGAGAAAGAAGCUGGAAGGGGAAGGGAUAAUGCACGUCCCUCCCGCAACGGAGGAAGAAAGCACCAUGAGUAACGUUACAGUUCUCGAUAUCACCGAGUCCGUAAGUCCCGCCAUGACGGCGGCCGGCCCGUACCCUUACCCGCUCAGCUUCCAGGUGUCCCUGACCGGAUUCCUCAUGCUGGAGAUCGUUCUGGGAUUGAGCAGCAACUUGACCGUACUGGCUCUCUACUGCAUGAAGUCCAACUUGGUCAAUUCCGUCAGCAACAUCGUCACCAUGAACCUCCACGUGCUGGACGUGUUGGUGUGCGUUUGCUGCAUCCCUCUGACGAUUGUCGUGUUGAUGCUGUCACUGCAAGGCGACACGGUGCUCGUCUGCUGCUUCCACGAAGCCUGCGUGUCAUUCGCAAGCGUGGCCACGGCGGCGAACGUGCUAGCCAUCACUUUGGACCGAUACGACAUCUCCGUUAAACCGGCCAAUCGUGUCCUGACUAUGGGACGAGCGGUGGCUCUGUUGGGUUGCAUUUGGGUGCUGUCCUUCGUCAGCUUCUUGGUGCCAUUUAUCGAGGUGGGAUUCUUGGGACCGGAGCCCACCAAAGCCAAUCAGACCGCCGUCGUGCAUGUCAACGAAUAUUACACCGAACUUGGUCUGUACUACCACCUAGUGGCUCAGAUCCCCAUUUUCUGUUUGACUGCCGUCAUCAUGUUGGUGACGUACGCCAAGAUCCUGCAGGCACUCAACAUCCGCAUUGGUACGCGCUUCCACGCCGCGCAGAAAAAGAAGAAAAAGAUGAGGAGGAAAAAGAACUUCUCUCUAAUGUCAACAUCCGAGCAACAGCUGCCAGAGAUCACGGACGCCUCGCAGAGCAGCAACCGCGGAAACGCUCCGCUCGGCAUGCGCACGUCCGUCUCGGUGAUCAUCGCCCUGCGAAGGGCGGUCAAACGCCACCGGGAGCGUCGCGAACGCCAAAAGCGUGUUUUCCGCAUGUCGUUGCUUAUCAUCUCCACGUUCCUUCUCUGCUGGACGCCUAUCACCGUUUUAAACACUGUGAUCCUCAGCGCAGGCCCCAGCGACCUCACCGUCAAGCUCCGACUGGGUUUUCUUGUCAUGGCCUACGGCACCACGGUCUUCCAUCCUCUCUUGUACGCCUUCACGAGGCAGAAGUUCCAGAAAGUCCUAAAAAGCAAAAUGAAGAAACGGGUGGUUUCUAUCAUCGAGGCGGAUCCGCUGCCAAACAACGCGGUGAUUCGAAACUCCUGGAUCGAUCCCAAGCGGAAUAAGAAAGUGACGUUUGACGAUCACGAAGCCAGGCAGAAAUGCCUAUCAUCUGAAGAUGCAGACUAAAACCACUUUGCGACCUCCAGAACACGGACUAGUUCUCAUGAAAGCACUGUUAUACAUAAAGGGAACCAUGUGAUGUGAAUAUUAGUCUUACAUGAGCAGAUAUCGACGAAUCGGUUACUAUUUAUAACUAACUUGGAAUAUAAUAUGAUAGGUUUCAUAGAUUGAUGCUAUUGCAGUUACAAGGUGCAUGUCCUUUAUAAACCACUGUAUGUACUGUAAAUACAUGAAAGCUGAGAUUUGUACAUACUCUUUAUCAGUUAUGAACCUCAUUUAUGACUUGUAGCCUGUGUAUACAUGUAUUUAUAAUAAACUAUGUGGGGGAAAAAAAAAGAUGAAAUCCAUCUGCUUUUUGACUUGAACACAGAUGUAGGAAGAAGAAAAAGAAAAAUUAUUGAC